UUAAAACAACAGGGCGAACAGUUGUUGCCAGGCACUGGGUGUAGUCCGCGUCUUUUAUCUGGAAUAGGGUAACGGAGUCAGGUGUUUGUCCGGAGUGCAUUCGGGUUUAGCCUCACUUUUUAAACGACAAAAGACCCCGUUGUGUUGAGCUGUUGUUGAGUUUUGUAAAGCUGUCUAAAAUGUUUGAGACUAGUCAAGAUGACCUGUUUCUGUUCCCCACUGAAGGCCAGAAUGAGGCUUUCUUCCCCGAGGAGGGUUUAGGCGGUGGGAAGUUGUCUCUUGCUGAGGCCUUGCUUCCCCUGGUUGAGUCCCCAUCACCCCCGAUGACGCCCUGGCUCUGCUCCACCCGCUACAAGACAGAACUGUGCAGCCGCUACGCUGAGACGGGUACCUGCAAGUAUACCGAACGCUGCCAGUUCGCCCACGGCCUCCACGAUCUCCACGUACCCUCCCGUCAUCCCAAGUACAAAACCGAGCUGUGCCGUACCUACCACACUGCUGGCUACUGUGUCUAUGGCACACGGUGUCUCUUCGUGCACGGCCUUAAAGAGAAGAGGCCUGUCCGUCAACGGCGCAGGAACGUGCCUUGCCGUACCUUUCGUGCAUUUGGGGUUUGCCCCUUCGGUACCAGAUGCCACUUCUUGCAUGUUGAGGGUGGUUCCGAAUCCGAUGGUAGAGAGGAAGAGCGAACCUGCCAACCUUCGUUACCUUCCCAAGAGUGGAAGCCUCUUGGUGCCCUCUGUUGCACCUUCAGCGCUUUUGGUUUCUGUCUCUAUGGCACCCGUUGUCGAUUCCAACAUGGGCUUCCCAACUCGAUCAAAGGUGUCAACUCAACCCACACAUCCUGGCCUCAUCAGAUGACCAAUGGGGGAUCUGUUUCACCUGCCUCAGGCACGUGCUCUCCACCGUCCUUGUCCCCUCCAUCUGCAUUUGCUUCGCCGGUGUACCCUGACGGUUCUGGUCCAGUCACCCCACCAUCGGUAGAAGCGGUAGCCAACAAUGCUUUCACCUUCAGCAGCCAACAUCUGAAUGAUCUUCUGCUCCCCCUGGCCCUUCGGCUCCAGCAGCUGGAGAACGCUGCCAAUGCUGGUCCUUAAGAUGCUCUGGAUAAGCCGCUGUCGUGACGUCUGUGGCAAGAUGAUCCCAGAAGCUAACCGCUGUAAGCUUUAACUGUGACUGUACUGUGCCAAUUUAUUUUUAACGUCGUU